AUGAGUUGGGGACUUCGUCUGGAAUGGUAUCGAGAACCUUUCUACGGUACAUAUGGCUUACUGUUCCAAGAGUCAGUUUCGAGUUUGGUGUCGACUGAAAGUUUGGCUUUUAUAAUGGAUUGUGAGUUUCGAGUUAGGUGUCGGUAUCACUGUGUCUAUUUAAUUGGUAGAUGGAAUGGUGUGAAUGGUAGGUGGUAUGCGGAAGAUAGAAUGUCAAUGACUGAGAUAGAUGCCAUGGUCAAAGAGUUAGGGCACGAAGGUUUGAUUAACUACUGGUACAGUAUUCCAGGUGAUAGUUUUGAUGGUGACCAUGAGGAUGCAGAUGUCUUAGACAUGCUAGUAUUUGUGCCAGACACUAGGUUGAAAAGAAAAUCAAGAAGCAGGUGGAAAGGCAAAGAGUUGAAUGAAGAAGGGUUGAUUGAUGAAGCUUCUAAACAAGGCAAAGAAACUGCCACUGUGAAUAAUGAGGAGAAUUCUGACAAAGGCCAAGAAAAGCCAAGUCAGGGUUGUUCUGAUAAAGGCAAAGGCAAGGAUAAAGACAUGUCACAUAGGGUGAAGCGUGCAUUUGGAAGGGUUGAUGGCGUCAGGACUGAGUUUCAAAGGCAUUCUAUGAUGUUGAGAAGUGGAAGAAGAUUGGCAAAUGCUGCAAACUUUGAAGAUGAAGAUGAUGAUGCUUCUGAUAGUGAGGACUCAAACUAUAUGAUUCCCAAGAACUUUAGUGAAGAUAAAGAUGAAGAUGAUGUUUUUUUUAAUGAAUGGGUGGAUGACCAAACUGAAUGGACAUGGGUUAAAGAAACUGGGAACGAGGUUGUUCCUGAUUGGCCUACAGAUGUUGAAUUGGAUUCUAAAGAUUAUGAGUGCAAGGAUUAUGCCAAGUAUAAUUAUGAUGAGGAAGUUGAUAAGAAUUGGCUAAAGUUCAAUGCUGCAACUGAUAUGGUAGAUCCAAAGUUUGAUAUUGGGAUUUUGUUUAGUGAUUGUAAGGUGUUUAGGGCAGCUGUCAGAGAAUACUCCAUCUUGCAGAAUAAGGAUGUAGUGUUUAUUAGGAAUGAGGCUUUGAAGCUGAAGGCAGUUUGUGGGGACCCAAAUUGUGGGUGGAUGAUAUAUGCUUCAAAAAUGCAACAUGAGAACACAUUGCAAGUGAAGACAUAUAUAGUCAGGUCAUUCAAGCAGACUGUUGAGAAGGAUUAUAAUAUAGGGGUGUCAAGACAACAAGUGUAUAGGGCAAAAGAUAAGGCACUAAAGCUGAUUGAGGGCAGUUUCAAUGAAUAA